AUGGACCUCGCAGCCAGCAUGGAAAUAUUCAGCCACCAGCAGCUGAUGCCUCCCGCUUGUUUCUUCUCCUCCGCAGCGGCUCAGAGCAUCCAGUUGAGUCCCAGCAGCAGCAGCCAGAGCAGCGAAGGCAGCAGCAAGGCUGGGUCCAAACAACCCAAGAGACAGCGCUCUUCCUCUCCGGAGCUGCUCAGGUGCAAACGGAGGCUGAAUUUCGCGGGUUUUGGCUACACUCUGCCCCAGCAGCAGCCGCACGCAGUGGCCCGAAGAAACGAGAGAGAGCGUAACCGGGUCAAGCUGGUCAACAACGGCUUCGCCACCCUCCGGGAACACGUGCCCAACGGCGCCGCCAACAAGAAGAUGAGCAAAGUGGAGACGUUGCGCUCAGCCGUGGAGUACAUCCGAGCCCUGCAGCAGCUACUAGACGAGCACGACGCAGUGAGCGCGGCGUUUCAGUCCGGUGUCUUGUCGCCAACCAUGUCGCAGGGUUACUCUGCUGAAAUGAACUCCAUGACAGGUUCACCGGUGUCCUCCUACUCCUCCGAUGAGGGCUCCUACGACCCCCUCAGUCCAGAGGAGCAGGAACUACUAGACUUCACCAACUGGUUCUGAGCAUCUAUAUAUAAGAAAUAUGGAUCAACUCAAUUUACUGUUGUCGUGCGGUUGGGAUGGUCCCGG